AUGGACGUCUCCAACAACCGCCUCUUCCGAUGGUCCAAGCCUGAAUGGCUCAACAACUCCGCCGUCCGCAAUGCAGGCGUCUACACCUCCGGCGCACUGUUCUCCCUGGGCUUCUUCUUCCUCAUCGACGCGGCCGCCUACUCGCACAGCGCCAAGAACGGCUCCAACGUGCACGUGAAAUUCGUCGACUGGAUCCCCGGCAUCUGCUCGGCGCUGGGGAUGCUGGUGAUCAAUUCGAUCGAGAAGUCCCGGCUGCAUGCCGAUAGCUUCAGUUACAGCGGGAGUGGGGUCGCGUGGAAGGCGCGGUUUGUCUUGUUUCUGGGGUUCGCGCUGUUGGCUGGGGGGUUGGCGGGGAGUGUGACGGUCAUGGUACUCAAGUAUCUGAUGAAGUCGUACCCGUUUCCCACCUUGUAUUUUGGAAUCGCGAAUGUGAUUGCUAAUGGGUUGGUCAUGUUGAGUUCGGUGGUGCUCUGGGUUUCGCAGAACAUUGAAGACGAUUAUACCUAUAAUUUGGCUCUAUGAAUGAAGAUCAAGGGUUGGGGUGAUUGAAGAGGGGUAUGGUGGGUGGCUUUGGGAGAGAGGUCGGUCGGGAUAGGUUCACUACUGGGCCUAGGGAGGGAAGUUAUGAUUUCAGGUUGAGCAAUCAACGAGCUCUAGUGCUUUUUCUGUGCGUGAUCGGCGUUUCUGUUCUAUGUUGUCUCUGAAUGCAUUUGUGGGUUGGUCCUUGGUCGUGUGUGGUUCGUUUAGCCUGUUAAAUCGCGCAUGUUAAUUUAUUUCUUUGAUAACAUGUUUUCGGACGAUUUAUUUAAUAAUUGCAGG